AUGAUGAAAGGGCGUGUUUCUCGGAAGCCAAGCAAGAGGUGUAUGAACGAUGAAGCUCAAUUUCAUGUUUUAGCAGUUGAUGAUAGCCUUCUAGACCGAAAACUGAUUGAAAGGCUGCUGAAGAACUCAUCUUAUCAUGUUACUACAGUGGAUUCAGGAAGCAAAGCUCUAGAAUUUCUGGGUUUACAUGAGGAUGGCCAGAGAAACUCAAACCCACCUUCAGUUUCUUCACACCAUAAUCAGGAAAUAGAAGUAAAUCUCAUCAUCACAGACUACUGUAUGCCUGGAAUGACAGGCUAUGAUCUGCUAAAAGGCACUGGAACAUACAUUCAUUAA